GUAUGUUGUAGCAGCCAGAGACCAUUUCCAUCUGUUGGUCGCUUCUAAGGGACUCCUUCCUUCAGCUGCUCAUAUGGACACACUGCUUUCUGAGCCUAUAUAAGCAUCCAUACCCUGCACCUUCAAAGCAUCAACCACCCACAAACAAUCUAGCAGCAACACAAGUGAAACGGAACCAAAUGGUCUCCUCUUCUUCCUUACUUGUGCUUGCCAUUUUUCUUGCAUUUGUCUCAUGGCAGGCCAUAGCCUCCGAUCCUAGCCCACUCCAAGACUUCUGUGUUGUGGAUAAGAAAUCUCCAGUGCUUGUCAAUGGGUUUGUUUGCAAGAACCCGAUGGACGUCAAUGCAGAUGACUUCUUCAAGGCAGCCAAUCUUGACAAGCCUAGGAUGACCAACAAGGUUGGAUCCAAUGUCACCUUGAUCAAUGUCAUGCAGAUCGCUGGCCUCAACACUCUAGGCAUCUCACUAGCGCGCAUUGACUAUACACCAUUAGGUCAGAACCCACCACAUACGCACCCUCGUGCUACCGAGAUCCUGACGGUGCUCGAGGGGACAUUGUAUGUUGGCUUUGUCACGUCCAAUCCGGAAAACAAGCUCCUCUCCAAGAUGCUUAACAAAGGCGAUGUGUUUGUGUUCCCUGUGGGGCUCAUCCACUUCCAAUUCAACCCCAACCCCCACAAGCCAGCAGUUGCAAUUGCUGCACUUAGUAGCCAGAACCCAGGGGCUAUCACCAUUGCCAAUGCAGUGUUUGGAUCGAAGCCACCGAUCUCAGAUGAUGUUCUUGCCAAGGCGUUUCAGGUGGAGAAGAAUACAAUAGAUUGGCUGCAGGCUCAGUUCUGGGAGAACAACCACUACUAAGUCAGACCUUAGUUGUUGGUUAACUUCAUGGAAGAUCUACAGUUGCAGUGUGCAAACAGAUUGAGUUAGUUUCUAGCUAUAUUUGCAUCUUAAGUAUGAAAUGAAUGGUAUAUAUCCCAUGCUAGUGUAUGUGUCUGUGAGGUAUGAAUGUAUUUCUACCUUUUCUUGUCAGUUUUGGUUUUGUUAGACUCACAUCAUAUGCUACUCAUGUGUCUUGUUUCCCGAUGAUAAACCAAAACUAGUGAUUUUGUUGUCCUUC